ACGUAAUAGCCCCAAAGUGUAGAUGGCAUUUUAGUGUCUGAAAAAUCGGUUAUCAUUUAUUUUUUUUGAAAAUUUUCAGACAGAAAAGGAAAACGUUGAGUCAGACAAAACUUACCCAUACAACAAACCAUCGAUAAUGUCAGUAGAAGAAGGCGUUGCCAAACUAAAGUUAGAUUCCAAAGAACACGAGCAGAAAAUCACACCAUGGGAAGUUGAAGGUGCUGUUGUUGACGGUAAAGCCCAAGGUAUUGACUAUGACAAGUUGAUUCAACAAUUCGGUACCAAAGCCAUCACUAACGAAACCUUGGCCAGAUUCACACAAGUCACUGGCCAAGAACCACAUCCAUUCUUGAAAAGAGGUGUUUUCUUCUCCGAACGUGAUUUGACCAAGAUCUUGGACUUGUAUGAACACGGCGAACCAUUCUUUUUAUAUACCGGAAGAGGUCCUUCUUCUGGAUCCAUGCACUUGGGCCAUAUGAUUCCAUUUGUGUUUACCAAGUGGUUGCAAGAAGUAUUUGACGUUCCAUUAGUUAUUGAAUUGACCGAUGAUGAGAAGUUCCUCUUUAAACCAAAGCUCACCAUUGAAGAUGUCAAGAAUUUUGCCAUUGAAAACUGUAAAGAUGUCAUUGCCGUUGGGUUCAAGCCAGAAAACACAUUCAUAUUCUCCGAUUUACAAUACAUGGGGGGUGCCUUUUACGAAAAUGUCGUGAGAACAUCGAGACAAAUCACUACUUCUACCGCUAAAGCUGUUUUCGGAUUCCAAGAUUCUGAUUGUAUUGGUAAGAUUCAUUUCGCCAGUAUUCAAAUCGCUACUGCAUUCCCAUCGUCAUUCCCUGAUGUAUUGGGUCUUCCUGCCAAGACUCCAUGUUUGAUUCCUUGUGCAAUUGAUCAAGAUCCUUACUUUAGAGUAUGUAGAGAUGUUGCUGAUAAGUUGAAAUUUUCCAAGCCAGCCUUGAUUCAUGCCAAGUUCUUCCCUGCUUUACAAGGUGCAUCAACCAAGAUGUCUGCUUCUGACCAAACCAGUUCCAUCUUUAUGGAUGACACUCCUAAGUUGAUUCAAAAGAAGAUUAACAAGUAUGCUUUCAGUGGUGGUAGAGCUACCAUGGAAGAACAUAGAGAAUUAGGUGGUAAUCCUGAUGUUGAUGUUGCAUUCCAGUACUUGUCAUUCUUUAGUUAUGACGAUGAACAUUUAGCCAAAUUAGAACAAGGUUACAGAAGUGGUGAAAUCUUGUCUGGGGAAAUGAAGAAGGAAUGUAUUGGUGUAUUGCAAGAGUUUGUUGCUGCUUAUCAAGAAAGAAGAAGUAAGGUUGACCAACAAGUUCUUGACUCUUUUAUGAAACCUCACAAGUUAGUAUUUGGUCAAAAGGAAAGAUUAGUCCCUGCCAAAGAAAGACCAGCUAAGAAAUAGAUAAAUAUAUAUUAAUUCACAUUUAUAAAAGCUUCUUUAUGUUCUCUAUUAUAAACAUCAACUUUUCGAAAUCACCAUCCUGAACUUCAUCUCCGGUUCCAAACCAUCUAGAUCCAAUUGACAAACAAGUAUGACGCGGACUUCGUAAGGCAAUUAAUUUGGCAAUCUGGCUGGCGACAAUCAGAAUUUUCAUAUUGGCAUGAUCACCAAUCAUAAGAACAGGCUCAGGAACGCCUAGUGUGUUACCGUCUAUCUCCAUUGAACUGGCAUAAUUUAUACUUGCCUGGGUUGUCAUGGGUAUGUCAAAUGUUGUGUCCAUUACGCCGUCCAUUUGGACAUUUAUGAUUUGUUGAUCGGCUAAUGUGAGUUUGUGAAAAAAGAAUUCUGUCUUGUCAUUGUCAUUAAAGUGUGCUAUAAAGGAUUUGCUGAAUCCUGUUGGAUCUUCUGUGAUUGUCAUUUCCGUG